CAGCCGAUGAACACUGCACACCCAGAGCUACGAGAUGCCGUACUGGUGAGUGAACAGGUUCAGUCAACUGGUGAUGGUAGCGCUGGUGCGAGUGUACUAUACAUCUCUCUGAGCGAUAUACGUGCGCCGGUAUACAGAUUAAAGACUAUGGCUAUGCUCAGUGCUAUGGGUCACAUACAGAACGGCUGUAUCGGGCCAGAGAAGGAUUGUGCGACUGUAGCGAAGGGUCUUAAUGUGACACAGAGUGAUCGCCCCGUUCGCGAUAUCGGUGCACCGACAUCAACACCAGACGGUACAUGCACGGUGCUUGAUGGGGCUACGGCUGCCUUGACGCAGGAGUUACCCACACCAACACCCCCAGCAGAGACCGUAGGCGACCAAAACAGUGGGGAGGGAAUGCACGAGGCAAGCCCUGUGCGAGAUAGCUCAGCAUCGGUUGACCAGAAACCCGAAUCACUACCUAGCGUGACCACAUCUGUGCCAAGCGAUGGGGAUAGCCUAGCAGUUGUAACAGUUCCAUCACACGCGCCUGUGCCUGCUACGGUUCUGCUAGCGUCCUCUGACGACAGUGGGACCUUCGCCCCAGAGACACUGACACUGACACUGACGUUAAACGCGAUCUCAGAGGGUAACGCGAGAGCUAUUGGACAAGUGCCUGAGAUAGAGAGAGGCAAUAAGCGUUUGCAUGACGAUGUAUCGCCGGAAAUCAGCACAGGUACGUCCCGAUCGGAAUCCAUGGAGCCCACCGGAGGGGUGCACACAAGUUCAUUCACUUCGACAGACGGCGUUUCAUCAGUCGCAAACGAUAAGUCCCAGAGUGAACCGAGUGCUGCAUUAGAAUGCACCGCCACUUCUGUAGCGGAACCAGCCGAAGAACCUGUCCGAAAAGCAAUCCGAAAAAUAAAUCAAACUGCGAAAACCCCGGUUGACGACACCGCAAUAAAACCAGGCGGCUCGGCGACAGAAUUUAAGAAACAGCCAAAGAAAAUAGCAGUCCAUAAAACAAAAAAGGAGAUAGUAGCAACACAGGGCAAACGGACUGGUGGCAAGAUCACCAUGGCAACGGUUACCAUGGCGAAGGGCGAGGGUGUCAAACACAGCUACAUGCGCAAGGAAAUGGAUCAAGACAGCGCAGCGAAAGCGUUGGACGCAUCGGAAACGGUAGUGAGCAAGAAACCGUUCAAGCGCACGGACAAGCCGGCAGUAGCAACCGACCGAGAUAUCGAUCUCAGUGCGGAGUAUGGGGAAGGCUCAUCCACGAACGCGCAGACUACGGCACACGAGCAGAAGAAGGUAGCGCCGGGCAAGAAGCUAACCAAAAAGGAGCUUGCCUUGAAGAAACCGACGGAGCGCGAGGUCCUCCCCUUUCCCAUAUACUAUGGACUAGAUAUCCUCUGCACACAGGAGGCCUUCACUCUGCCGUACGACGUGUACUGUGCCAGUCAGAGCCACGCCUUAGCGCCCCGGGCAGUGCCCCCGCCCCCGUACAAGAAGAUCAACCGCAUCGUACGCCACUCUGGUGAUGUCACCACGCGACAGGACCUCUGGUACUUCGCCAUGUUGUUAUUAUCAUUCAGCCAGUGCACAGGCUACAUCACGCUCGAGUAA